AUGGUGAUGAAUCAAAAAGUUAUGCGACAAACUUUUAUGGUUCUAUAUUUUCUUCUUCUGAGCUAUAAUGGGGUUCAAGGAGAAAAAAAGAGGUAUUCGGAACUAGAGGACUUGGAUUUGGAAAAGCAACUUGAACUUUUGAACAAGCCGGCCGUCAAAACAAUAGAGACUACAUAUGGGGAUUUAUACGAUUGUGUGAAUUUUUACAAGCAACCUGCAUUUAAUCAUCCAUUGCUGCGGAAUCAUCAUUUUCAUCCUGAGAUGAAACCUACUUUACACAGGUUAAAGCAGCAUUCAGGUACCUCUACAACUAGAGGGUUAUCAACAAUAUGGCUAAACGGUGAAGGUUGUCCCGUUGGAACAGUUCCUAUUAAAAGGAUUAGCAAAGAAGAUCUUAUUAGACAAAGACAUAUUCCACCACCAGAAGAUGUAACAUUUGAUGUCCAAUUGGCUGUUGCUAACAAUAGUGAGCCAAAAAGAAAAUUCAAAUCUUCGCAAGGAUACAAGGUUGCAAUAGCUCGAACUCAAAAUGAUCCAAACAAUAAGUUUGCGGGAGCAACAAUGGCAACGAGUUUAUGGAAUCCUCACGUUGAAGGUCAGCAACAUAGUGCAAGUCGAUUAAAAAUUCAAAAAGGGUCAGAUGUUGUACAAGUUGGAUGGAGAGUGGAUCCAACACUUUACGGGGAUACUAAAACUAGGCUCUUUAUUCAUUUUCAGGCUGGUAAAAUGCAUUGCUUCAAUACACUAUGCUCUGGCUUUGUAUUGGUGAACACUAAGGUACCUAUUGAUAAGAGGAUCUUCACUGAUUUAAAAAGCUUUGCUACAAAUGUUGAGUGGGGAGGAGUAGCAUAUAGUCCAUCAGGUGUUCCUGGACCCCCAAUGGGCUCCGGACUUUUUCCCAUUGGAAACACAGGUCAUGAAGCUUAUUGUAGACAGAUUACAAUUCUAAAUGAUAAAGGUAAAACCAUAGAUGAAGAUAAAACUACCGCAUAUGCAGACAAUCCUAAUUUAUACAGGGUUGUUGAUAUACCUCAUUGGCAAGCUGCAGAGCGUCAACAUUUUGUACUCUAUGGGGGACCUGGAGAUUGGUUGAAGCUAUUGAUGUCUGGUUCCUUCGCACUAGCGAAAGGAGUGGCCACAUGUGCGGCUGGUGAUGCACAGAUGGUGAGAAAACGUGCUACCGGGCCGGGUAGACAGCCACCAGCACCUACAGAUCUACCACUUGCUCCAGUUAUAAAGCAGAUCCUAGAUGGGGUUGAGCCGAUAGGACCAGCUCAGGACCAGCUGUGCCCAUUCCUUGCUCAGGUGGUUUCAGUUCCGACCACGCUAGCCACUUCUCAGGCCAGGGGAGGUGCUCAAUCUCUCGAUGCCCGUACUCUAGAGCAGGCAGUUUAG